CAAGGUGCCAGCUGUCGGGAAUCUGCUGAAGCCACCCUGUGCAUCCCAAGCUUCCCUGUUAUCCAGCCACCACCCAUGACCAUUGGGACUGCUUCUGAUGGCUGGGGCCUCCACUGCCCCAGGGAGCGUCUUCUCUAAGCAGCUCCUUUUCUCUUUUCUGGUUUUAAUACUAUUUUGCAGUGCUUGUCAGAAUAUUUCUCUUCAAGUUCCUUCUUAUCUUCAGGCUGAAGCACUUGUAGGCAAAGUGAAUCUGAAGGAGUGUUUCCAGUCGGCCAGCCUAAUUCAGUCAAGUGAUCCUGACUUCAGAAUUCUAGAAGAUGGCUCCACUUACGCAACACAUAACCUCAUUUUGUCUUCUGAAAAGAAGAGUUUUUCCAUUUUGCUUUCAGACACUCAGAGACAGGAACAGAAGGAGAUAGAAAUUGUACUGGAAGCAGGAGGAAGGAAGUAUAUUAGGCAAGACUUAAGCGCAAUAAUCUCACAAGGGCCCUUCAUCUCACCUAUUUCCUUCUGUGCUAAAAUUAUUGCUCUUGAAUGCUCACUUGUUUGUAUCUACGCCUAUGCAACUACUGUGGACGGUUAUGCACCUGAGUACACACUCCCCUUACUAUUCAAAGUUGAAGAUGAUAACGAUAAUGCCUCAUAUUUUGAAGACAAAGUGACUGUCUUUAAUGUGCCUGAGAAUUGCCAAACCGGAACUUCAGUGGGAAAAGUGACUGCCAUAGACCUCGAUGAACCUGAUACUCUACAUACUUGUCUGAAAUAUAAAAUCUUACAGCAAAUUCCAGACAAUCCAAAGCAUUUCUCCGUACAUCCAGACAUCAUCACCACAACUACACGUUUACUGGAUAGAGAAGUAAUGAAUUGCUUAAUUAAUUUCUCAGUCACUAAACUAUGUUCAUUGAACUAUGAAAUACAUCGCCAAAUGGUUUUGCAAAUUGGUGUACUUAACGAAGCACAAUUCUCUAAAGCAGCAAACUCACAAACUCCUACUAUGUGCAUUACAACUGUCACUGUUAAAGUUAAAGACCAUGAUGAGGGCCCCGAAUGCCAACCACCAGUAAAAGUUAUUAAGAGUAAAGAUGCUCCCGUGGGCACAACACUCCUUGGAUACGAAGCAGUGGAUCCGGACAGUAGCACUGCUGAGGGCUUAAGAGAUGAAGAUAACUGGUUUGAAGUUAAUGAAUACACUGGUGACUUGAAAACUGUCAAAGUUCUAGACAGAAAAUCAACAUUUGUAAAAGACAACCAAUACAAUGUUUCCGUGAUUGCAAUGGAUGUAGGUGAAUCUUGCACUGGAACAUUAGUAGUUCUUUUGGAAGAUGAUAAUGAUCACUCACCACAAAUUGGAAAAGAAGUGACAAUUUGUUGGCAUGAUAAGGAUUUUGCUGUUCUCAAACCUGUAGAUCAAGAUGGACCUGAUAAUGGGUCACCUUUUCAAUUCAUUCUCGAUAAUUGUGCCAGCAAACUUUGGACAGUAGAGACAUUAACGGAUGGUAAAACUGCCAUUCUUCGUGAACUGCAAAAUCUUGAUUAUAACUAUUAUUCUGUGCCUCUCCAAAUAAAAGAUAGACAUGGCGUUUCUGCAGAACACAUGUUAUCAGUGAGAGUAUGUGACUGUACAAUUCCAUCUGAAUGUAGAAUGACUACUAAAGUUCUGAGAGAUGCAAGGCAAUCAAAUGCAAUACUUGGAAGAUGGGCUAUUCUUGCCAUGGUGUUGGGUUCUGCAUUGUUGUCAUGGACCAUUAAAUGCUAUAACAUGGAAUUAUUAUUAAAAGGAAAUUUCAAGGCUUCCUUUGAGAUACCUGAAGUUUUACCUAGAAUUCAUACCAAAAAUUCACAUAGAAUUAUUUUCUGCCAGGUGAAGAAAGUGGAUUCAGGCCCCACCCCAGAUCUAGUGAAUCAGAAUCUGCAUUUCAACAAGCUGCCCCAGGAGAUCCCUUUGUACAUGAAAUUUGACAAGCGCUGUAUAGAUGAUCCCUUGGUUAGAACCUGCAAAAACUAA